AUGGAUCGUUUUGAAGUAGAGCCUGAACAAAUUAACGUGAAUUUAGGACAACCAUCAGCUAAUCAAUCAGGAUUAUUACAGAAAUAUUGUCAAAACAGAAAAUUAAUGUGGAUCAUUAUUUCCAGUAUUAUUGUUGUCGUUCUUGUUUUGAUUAUAAUUAUUCCAAUAGUUAUUAUUAAAACAAAACCAUCAACAACAACAAUGGUGACAACAGAAGUAACAACAAAAGAAAUUACGACAGAAGAACAAAUUAAAUCAAAAUAUAAACAGUGGAAACAAAAUGGAAUCACAAUUGCUGGAGGAAAUCAAUAUGGAAAUGGAUUAAACCAGCUCAAUGAGCCUCACGGCAUCUUAAUUGAUGACAAUGCUAUUAUUAUUACAGAUCAUCAGAGAGAGCGCAUUCUUGAAUGGAAACUUAAUGCGAAGGCUGGCGAAAUUAUUGCAGGUGGAAAUGAACGUGGAAGUGAAGUUUAUCAACUGAAUCGUCCUGUAGAUGUAAUUCUGGACAAACAAAAUGAUUCCUUGAUCAUUUGCGAUUGGGAUAAUAAAAGAGUAAUGCGAUGGUUUCGUAAGAAUCAUACAGAUCCACAAAUUUUCAUUGCUAACAUCAGGUGUUAUGGUUUGGCAAUGAAUAAUAAUGGAUCAAUUUAUUUUACUGAUUGGGAGAAAAAUACAGUGACACGGUGGAAAGAAGGAGAAAUAAAUGGAACUGUAGUUGCAGGUGGAAAUGGCAAAGGAGAUGGGCUCAAUCAAUUAAAUUAUCCUACUUAUAUUUUUGUCGAUAAAGAUCAUUCUCUUUAUAUUUCGGAUUUUUUCAAUCAUCGCGUGGUGAAUUGGAGAAAUGGUGCGAAAGAAGGGGUUCUGGUGGCUGGCGGAAAUGAUCGAGGAAAUAGUCUCAUUCAGCUGUCGUAUCCUCAAGGAGUAUUUGUUGAUGAUUUGGGUCUCAUCUAUGUCGUAGACAAAGGAAAUCACCGUAUAAUGCGUUGGUGUGAAGGAGAUAAACAAGGUUCAAUCGUUGUAGGUGGAAAUGACCAAGGACAAGGAUCCGAUCAACUGGAUGCCCCCGUAGAUUUAUCAUUUGAUGCUGAAGGAAAUCUAUAUAUUAGCGAUUCUAAUAAUGAUCGAAUUCAAAAAUUUGAACUCUGCUUUAAUAAAACAAUCUGCUAA